GUAUUGAGUUUCACUUCGUCUACUGUUGAAACGAAGAAACUUCCGCACUUUUGCAGCUGUUGCAGCUGUUGACGCAGUGAAAAUGGGCGCUUGUAUGGCGUUGUGUUCCCUGGCGAGCUGUGCAUCGUGUCUGUGCAGCUCGGCUCCAUGCAUCUUAUCAGGAUGUUGUCCUUCCACCUACAACUCCACCAUCACCCGCCUGGCUUUCUCCUUCUUCCUGAUCCUCGGCACCCUCGUGUCCAUCAUCAUGAUCCUGCCUGGAAUGGAGCAUCAUCUGGAGCAGAUACCUGGGUUCUGUGAAAAAGGCCGGUCCAUACUGAGCUUUGAGGGAGUGGUGAACUGCGAGGUUAUUGUUGGCUUUAAGUCCGUGUACAGGAUGUGUUUUGCUUUGGCCUGCUUUUUCGUUCUCUUCUCCAUCAUCAUGAUCCGAGUGCGAAGCAGCAAGGACCCACGAGCCUCCAUUCAGAACGGAUUCUGGUUCUUUAAGUUCCUGAUACUGGUUGGAAUAACAGUAGGAGCUUUCUUCAUCCCAGAUGGCACAUUUAACACAGUGUGGUACUAUUUUGGCGCGGUUGGCUCCUUUAUCUUCAUCCUGAUGCAGCUGAUUUUGCUGGUGGACUUUGCUCACACAUGGAACCAGAAUUGGGUGGAAAAUGCUGAGAAUGGCAACAGGAAGUGCUGGUAUGCAGCUCUAUUGUCCUUCACAUUCAUUCAGUAUGCGGCCGCAUUUACUGCGAUGGUGCUGUUUUACGUGUUCUACACCCAGCCGGAUGACUGCACCGAACACAAAGUUUUCAUCAGCCUCAACUUUAUCUUCUGCAUAAUAGUGUCUGUCGUCUCCAUUCUCCCUCAAGUGCAGGAAGCUCAGCCUGGCUCAGGUCUGCUGCAGUCUUCACUCAUCUCGCUGUAUACCAUGUAUCUCACCUGGUCUGCUAUGAGCAACAAUCCCAAUCGGAAAUGUAACCCCAGCCUGCUACAGCUGGUUACCAACAACCUCACUACCACAGCUGCUCCAACCCCCACCAUCCCCCCUGGGCAAGUCCAGUGGUGGGAUGCACAAGGAAUUGUGGGAUUGGUCAUCUUCCUCUUUUGCACACUGUAUGCCAGCAUCCGUUCAUCCAAUAACUCUCAGGUGAAUAAGUUGAUGCAUACGGAGGAGAGGCAGGAGCUGGCGCUCGACCGAGAGGCAGAGGUGGGAGAGGACGGAGUGAGACGUGCUGUGGAUAAUGAAGAGGAUGGCGUGACCUACAGUUACUCUUUCUUUCACUUCUGUCUCGUCCUGGCUUCUCUUUACAUCAUGAUGACUCUCACUAAUUGGUAUCAGCCUAACACGGCGUACACGUCCAUGCAGAGCACCAUGCCUGCAGUGUGGGUGAAGAUCAGCUCCAGCUGGCUGGCCUUGGCUCUGUACCUCUGGACUCUCGUGGCUCCUCUGAUCCUCAACAACCGAGACUUCAGCUAAGCUGCAAAGAAGCCAUUCCAGCACAGGUUCUGGUCCAUGUGCCCUCAUCUGUGUGUAGAAUGAAAUAUUUUUUCCAGUGAGAAAAUACAACCACAGAAUAUCAAAAUCAAUCAUCUGAUUUCUUUCUCUCUUUCUUUUCCUUUAUACGUUUAUGAAGCACUGAGAAGGACACUAUGCUUAUCGAUUGUUAUUAUGGAAAUCUCCUAGAAUUAUAACACUUAUUACCUGUAAGAUCACACUUUUCAUUAGUUCUUCUGUUGCUCUGUAAUGUUUAUGCUGAUUUUCUCUCUGGUGUUGGUCAAAUCUACAUCUGUUGAUGUUCUGUAUGUUUUUGUGAAGUGUAUUUUGACCAAAGAAGGAAGCAAAUACUUUUAUACCUAUCUGAAGGCAGUGGGUUUUAUAAUGAUCUAGUUUGUAUUUUGCACAUUUUAACCUGCAGGAAAUAUUAUUAAAGAUUUUCACUCGA